GAAAGUGCCAAAUAAAAGAAAAGAAACCCACCGCGCUAAGUUUCUUUCAAUACUUUAUUUAAAGAGCAAAAAAUAAAUUUCGCUCUCUACAAUUCAAAUUACAAUCCAAGCAAUCAAAAUCCAAGAAAACACACAAAAUUACAAUGGCAUCGAUCAAGAUCGGAUUAUCAAACCAAGCAAUUUUCGCAAUUACUCUGUUAAUACUAUGGAUUUGCCUUCUUCUUUGCACAUCGUUCGCCGCUUCUGGCGGCAGAAUGGGCGGCGACGCUUUCUCAAGUUCUGACCAAUCGUCGUCGUCAUCUUCACAUUCUGAUUCUCAUCACCAUUAUUAUCAUCACGAUACGAAUAAAGCGUACAGUUCAUACUCAUCAAAAGAUGAGAGGAGUAACGGCGGAAGUGAAGACGGCGGGUCUUCUAUAUUGACGGCGGUGGUUCUAAUCGUUUUCGCUUUUGUUGCAUUUUUUAUGUUUUAUUUUGGGGCUAAAAAUAAGGAAAGCAGUCUUAUAAUGGUUCAGGUUGGAUUAACAGGAAAGGCUAAUUCACUUCAGAAACAGCUCAAUGAAAUUGCCAAAACUGCUGACACUUCUUCAUCCAAAGGAUGGAAUUUAAUACUGUCAGAAACUGUAUUAGCUUUACUCCAACAUCGUCAACACUUCAUCUCUGGUUAUGCAACUGUGAAAUAUCAUGCGGGAAUUCCAAGUUUAGAAAAUAACUUUAGGCAACUCCUAAAGGAAGAAAGGCAGAAAAUUGACAUUGAAUCUCUGGUUAAUGUCAAUAAUAUUAGGAGGCAGAAAGCAGUAAUUUGUAAAGCUGAUAAACUUGACAAAGAGUACAUUGUGGUGACAAUAUUUAUAGCUGCUAAAAACACUUAUGAAGCUUCUACCAUUAAAAGCAUUGAUGACUUGAAAAGAGUCUUGCAAUCUUUGGAAUUUUCUUCUGAGGAGCUUCUGGCUGUUGAGGUAUUGUGGACUCCACAAGACGAGAAUGAUACUUUGUCAGAGGACGAAUUGCUCGAAGAUUACCCACUUUUGAGACCUAUUUGAUACAUAUGCAGAGCUCGAUUUCAAGAAAUGAUGCUAUUAUUUUUGGAAGGGGCUAAUGGUGUAUAAAGUAACUUAUGUUUCUUGUAACUGCUUAGAAUGCAACUCAAUAAUACACCUUACGUCUCUUGUAUUGUAUUAUUGAGUUGCAUUCUAGCAGACUAAGUAUUAUUUUGUAGCGUUGAUUAAAUUUUAGCUAAUUUCAAGUUGCUGGACUUCUUUAGCCA